AUGCCGCCCAAGUCAUCUGCUAAAGGUGGGGGCAGCGGUGGCGGCGGAAAGUCUGGCAACGCCGCCGCCUCUUCCAAAGCAAAGUCGCAUCAGAACAAGGAAGAGGACCUUCAGCGCGAGCCGCUCCAGGCCGUCGUGCUCGCAGACGCCUUCUCCAAACGCCUCGAUCCGCUCACCACGGACAAGCCUGCAUGCUUGCUACCUCUCUGCAAUGUGCCUCUGCUCGACUGGACGCUCGAAAACCUCGCUCUCGCCGAAGUCGAGGAGAUCUUUAUCCUCGCGAGUCGUCACUCCGACCGGAUCAAGAAGCACCUAGCCACCACGCCCGCCCGAUACUCGCUGCCUAAGAUCACCGUCAUCGCCACGCCAGAUGCUCAGUCGCUUGGUGACGUGAUGCGCGAGCUCGACAGCAAGCAGAUCAUCCGUUCCGACUUCAUUCUCAUCCACGCAGACUCGGUCGCAAGCAUGGACCUCGCCAGCAUCGUCGACGCCCACAAGCGUCGCAGGAAGAAGGACAAGGACGCCAUCAUGACCAUCUGCACCAUGCCCGUCGGCAAGCGCAGCCGCAUCCGCACCCCCGGCAACCUCUCCCUCUUCUUCCUCGAGCCUCACACCUCCCAGCUCGUCCACUACGCUCCCGUGCGUGCAGCACCCCGCCUCCGCACUACCAGCCUGCCCCUCGAAGUCUUUGACGAAGAUGCUGCCGCCACCACCCACAGCCUCGCACGUGCAGCCGAGGUCGACGUUCGCAACGACCUCGUCGAUUGCGGCAUCGACAUCUGCUCCGCCGACGUCCCACCACUCUUCUCCGAAAACUUCGACUACCAGACCCUCCGUCGCGACUUUGUCCUCGGCAUCCUCACCUCGGACCUUCUCGACAGCAAGAUCUUUGUUCACGUCGCGCCCACCGGUCCGCCCGCUUCCGCCGUCCAGAUCGCCAGCUCCUCUUUCCCCGAGGUCGUCGGCACCUCCACGUACGGGCGUGGCUAUGCCGCGCGCGUCAAGUCGCCCGCCGACUACGACGCCAUCUCCAAAGAUGUCAUGGGUCAAUGGACCUAUCCUCUUGGUCCAGCCGGCUACCUGCCAGGCGGUCAACGAUACAGCCCCAGGUCGGGCCUCCGCUUCCUUGGCGACAAUGUCGUGCUCAGCCGCACAUGCCAACUUGGCCCACACACGCUCGUCGGCAGCCAGUCCGAGAUUGGCGACAAGGCAUUGCUACACCAGUCCGUGCUUGGAUCUUCGGUCAAGGUGGGCAGCCGCACAACCAUCUCUGGCUCGUAUAUUUGGACCGGCUCUGUGAUUGGAAGCGGCUGCUCCAUCGAGCGCAGCAUCAUCGGCGAGCGCGUCACCAUCCUCGACGGCGUCAAGUUGAACAAGGGCUGCAUCAUUGCCGAAGGAUGCACGGUCGGGCCCAACGUAGAGCUGCCCGCCUUCAGCAGGGUCGGUAACAAGAAAGAGAGGUCCGACGAUGACUUUGACAGUGACAGCGAGGACGACGAGCAGCACGACAACAUUCGUACCGGCGCGUCAGCAUCGAACGCAGCGAAGGAGGCUUACUCGAAAGACCUCGGAGCCAAGGGUGUUGGCUUCCUUUGGCGUGCGCUUGGCGAGAAGCCGGUGCGUGCUGAAGACGACAUGGAUUCCGAGGCGAGCGACGAGGACGAAGACGAGGAUGACGAAAUUGAGCGCUCGCACAAUUUGCGGCUCAUGCGACUGGGUGCCGACCUCGAGGACAUGGAGCUCGACGACACGCUUUCGGACAUCUCCUCCGUGGGCAUCGGUCGUGACUCGGAGGACGACGAUGAUGACGACGGCUCUGGAGCGCACACCGACAACUCCAUGUCGGACGACGACGACGACGAAAUGCUCGGUGGCUCCAUGAUGCUUUCCAUCGGCGAUGGCGAGACCAACGUCGAGAAGCAAGCGGCCGUGAAGCGUCUCGACGAGUUCCGCACCGAGGCGACUGCCUCUCUGGAGCGUGCAUUCGAGGAGAAUCACACGGUGGACGAUGCGGCUAUCGAGCUCAAGACGCUGCGCAUGGCGUCCAACGUUCCGCUCAAAGAGGUGCGCAAGACGGUGAUCGGCUUUAUCCUCACCAAGUGCGAGCCGGACCAGCCCAAGCAGAUGCUCGCGGUGCUCGACAAGUGGUGUCCGCUCAUCUCGGUCGUGGCGGUCGACGAUCAGAUCGAGGCGCUUGCCACCGUGCAGAACUUCUGCGCGACGCAGCCCAAGUACUACAAGAUCUUCAUUCCGCUGCUCAAGAAGUUCUACAACGACGACAUCAUCUCGGAAGAGAACAUUGUUGGCUGGUGGAAGAGCCCGCUAAGCCGCAAGACCGACGCCGACAUUGGCGGCGACAAGAACCUCCAGCUUAGGAAGGCGGCCGAAGAAGUCAUUCGAUACAUCCUCGAGAGCCAGGAGAGCUCCGAUGAGGACGACGAUGAUGAGGAGGAUGAUGACGACGAGUAG